AGUAGUUGUUGGCUGGCGUUCGUUUCGUGAAUCAAUCUCUCUGCACUCAGCACCACCCAUGUUCUCCACCGUCACGUUGACGUUGUCGUUGUCGAUUCGCUCCAUAAUUCGUGCAAAAAGAUGUUUUCAACAUUCAAAUCCAGUUCAUGCUGCCAUGCACAAGCGAUUAAUCAGUGCAUUUGUUCAAAAUGAUAGAUACAUUAUUGUGCGGGAGGAGGAUGAUGAUGAUGGUGGUGAUGAUGAAAAUGGAAAUGCCAUGAAAUUUCCCGACGUUUGGUUACGUGACAACUGUCGUUGCCCCCAGUGCUUUCAUCAGAGUUCACAGAGUCGCCGUAUCGACUGGGACAAGUUUGACAUAAAAGUGAAAGUGCAAGAUAUUUCGACUGACAAGCUAGAGAAGUCAAUUAAAGUGAAGUGGAGUGAUCAACAUUCUUCUACGUAUGACUUGGAAUGGUUAAGAGAACGAGACUUUAAUGCAACAAGGCGGAAUAAGUACUUGACAGAGUUUUAUCGACCAAAGCCGGUGCAUUGGCAAAAAUCCGACUUUAACAAGGUUACCAAUGUCUUUAAGUUUGAUGAUGUCAUAAACAACGAUAAUGAACUGAAAAAAUGGCUUGAAUCUCUUGCUGUGUAUGGUGUGGCUAUAAUUGAAGAGUCUCCAUUGCAAAAAGACGUUGUUCGGCGUUUGGCAGAGAGAAUUGGUUUUAUACGAAAAACUACUUAUGGUGAAGAAUUUAUUGUUCAGUCAAAACCAGGAGCAAAAAACUACGCCUAUUUAUCACAUCCACUACCCUUGCACACUGAUUUACCCUACUACGAAUACAAACCUAGCGUCAACAUACUCCAUUGCAUGGUUCAAUCGGUGUCCAAGGGCGGAAGUAAUACCCUAGUGGAUGCUUUUUAUAUUGCAGACCAAAUGAAAUUGAAUUAUCCUAAUCAUUUCAAAGUUUUAACAGAAACAAUUGUUGACUGGAAUGACAUUGGCAGUGAAGAUGGUAAAUCUUUUCACAAUAUUUGGAGAUCACCGGUUAUUUGCUUAGACAAAGAGGGAAAUUAUACACGGAUAAACCAUAGCAUACCUCAAAGGGAUAGCCACUUUUCGACUGAUAUUGAAAAUGUAAUUCCAUGGUAUGAAGCUUAUUCGAAGUUCGUUCAGUUGGCUAGAGAAGAAGCAGCAGAAUUUAAAACAAAACCUGGAGAUGUUUUGACGUUUAACAAUAUUCGUUUGCUUCACGGGAGAACAGGAUACGAUGAUACUGAGGAAAAUAUCAGAUACGUUGUUGGAGCUUAUUUGGAUUGGGAUAUUAUUUAUUCGAAACUGAGAAUUUUAAAGUCAAAAUCUGGUUGCUAGGAAAUAAAA